CUCAUUAAUAAUAAAUAAAUAUCGAAUGACGUGAGAAAGGAAAACAAAAAUAACAAGAAAAAUGCGAUCAAAAUACGAUACAGAAGAUUCCAAAGCAUUCAAGUGUUGUUUCUGUUGUCAUGUUAGAGUUGGAACAAUUCUAUUAGGACUAUGGCACUUGUUGAUACAUUUGCUGGUGUUGGGAUGUCUUGUUUCAACCUCACUCCAUCCAGAGCUGUUGCGGGACAGCAUGCAGCCAGGCAGUUCCAUGAAUACAGAUGGUAUUGUUGUAUAUGAGAGUGACAACACAAACAUCAAGAAAGAUGACCAGGAAGUAAUAAUUCAGUACGAGACGCCAAGCGUCAACUCCUCUGCAAAGAUAAGGAAAGAAAAUAUGUGUUUGUUCUUUGCAUUGGUGUUGUGUACAUUCCUGGUCGCUCUGAUGCUUGUGUACGGUGCAGUUAGGAGUCGUCCCAGUUGUUUGAUGCCGUUCUUCUGCCUUCAAGUCUUUGAUUUCUGUAUCACCUGUCUGUGGAUAGUUGGCUACAUGACCUAUGCCCCUGAUAUCAAAGUCUGGAUUGUCCAACAAGGAAUGGCUGACUACCCCGGUAUGGACCGUCUCCUCCAGAUGGAUGAACAAUGGCUGAUGCUCUGGUUUGUGAUUGUAUUCGUCCUCAUACUCACUGUCAAGGCUUACCUGAUCAACAUGGUAUGGGCAUGUUACAAGUACCUACAGCUGAGGAAUGUCAACAGGAGUGUUGUAAGGGAGUAUACUGUGGAUCCUGACAGUGAGAUGCUUCUCCCACCCAAGUAUGAAGAAGCCAUGAAGACUCAGCCAGGUGGUCCCCUCCCACCACCAUACACUGCUUAGACCUCGCAGUCAUGCCACAGCAUAGACAUUUUGAACUUGGGAACCAGCUGUGAAAAUAUUAAACUACUCUCAAAAUUCUCUUUAAAUGUGAACAGGAUGUGUUUUUGCAAUGUAGAUUGUCUAUGCUUUAUUUAGAAUAUAUCAUAUGCCAGAUUAAAUUCUAUGAAAUCCGGUGGAUUUUUUUAUUUCGUGGUGAUUUCAGAAGGUUAUUUUGCCCAUUUUUUAUGAAUUUAUUUCGGCAUUUGUUGUAAUGAUAUUCUUUAAUCUUUAUCUAAAAUAUGUGAUUUUUCUCUUGUUUGUUGUAAAUGUGAAUAUCUGCCUUUCAUUUUCGUUUUUAUUACUAGGCAGACCAUGUUUAUUAUAGAUAUAUGUACAUGUAGGCUUUUUGAUCCUGUAAUUCCAUUGUAUGGAUGAAGGUUAUGAAAGAACUCAAAGGUGGUGGAAAGACUUUUUACCAAAUUGUUAAAUUACAAUAAAAUUACCAAGGUUUUGUUGAAUGGUGAAGAAAACAUGGCAAUUUCUGUCAUAAUAACUUGAGGGAUCUUUGACAGUCCUUUACUAAUGUACAGCUGCAUUAUUUUUUUUUCAAUCUGCAGUUAUUGAAGUUCUCUUUUUUGACUUUUUACUUCUCUACAGGAAGUUUAAAAUAAAAUAACUGGUUUAGAAAUAUUGGCCAAUUAACUAAACAUAACAAUGGAAUAAUCUUUAAUUGGGUGCCAUAAUUUAAAGUUGCUGUUUACAAAGAAAGGUCCAAUUUUCAUACCAUUUAACCUGGUGAUAGAAAAUGACAUAAUAUGCAUGGGAACUGUGUGUGAUAUACAUGUUUGCUUUAGAUGAUUGAUUGAAUUUAUAUUGUAUUUCACAAUUUUUAUUUUUUACUUUCACUUACAUUCUUAUACUUUUCCAUCCAUACUUACUUUGAAAGGAAAGAUUUUUGUACAAAAAAAUAAAGAUUUUUUUUUUCACUUGGUUUAGUCUAAAUUUUUAUAAGAUAUUUUUUACACUUACAUAUUGAUGUUUCAGGUAGAAUUUUCUUUAAAAAAAAUAGUAUAUAAUAAACAUUUUCAGCACUGUCUUAUAUUUAGUAACACAAACCUCUUGGAGUUGGGUAAAAGGGUAUAGAAUGGGGAAAGGAUAUGUUUCGCUGUGAUAUUUCGUGGGUAUAUGUACUUCUGAAAGUGACAUUUUCACAAUAAAUUGUCACCUUGGUUAAAGAGAGUUCUAAAAUGAAAUUGAAAGAUUUCUUUAGCUUUUGAGCAUGUUGAGCUUAAUAGAUCAUGGCUAUUUUGCAUAAAUUUUUAAGAUACAUUUGUAGUUGAAACAGAAUAACCUAUAGAAAGCUGUGAUCUCAUGAAAAAGAAAUAUAUAUAAGGAUAUAAUGUUAUUAUGUGAAGUUGUAUUUAUAAUAUGGAAACAUGUUCAGCAGAUUUCAGAGGUAAUAAAAUCUUUUGUUUUUA